GUCAACAUCUGUGCCUUCAGAGAAUAUGUUUGUGUCAUGUGCGCACAUGACUGACGGUACACACGCUACGCACCAUCGAAGUCAUCGAUUCAUGUCUAUCUAAAGUAGCUGCCACUACCACUACACAACGGCCGCACUGACCAACUGGUGGACGCACUGUCGGCUCGCCCUAUCUACAGCAGUGAUGUCCACAACUCAGUGGCUCCAUCCAUCCAUCCACACAGACAAACGACACCACACACACACACACACACAGUCCAUCCAUCCAUCCAUUGCUAAUAAUCCAUACAGCACCCUUACACGUGCCAUAUGGCCUGCCUUACCGGUGUCGGAUGCCGGCUGGUGGCCCGCCUCUCCGACAGCAGGCUGUGCGCGUGUGGAUGGGAAGCACUGAGUGAUCCUCGGCUGGUGGGCAUCUAAUGGAGGCGGCACGACCGUUACGAUGGCCUCGCCGCCGACCGCAGCUGGCUCCUCAACCAAUCCUGCCGCUGGACAGCAAACGCAUCACACACACACAACAAAUGCAGCACGCGUGUCCAUUUGUCUAGCGUCUGCUGCUGGAACAUCGUACCACCACUGCCGCCACGGGCAGCAGCACUUGAUGGCGAUGGCGUCAGGGACGGGAAGUAGUCACGAAUUGAAGGCUGCCCACCCGACACACUACAGACGGGAAUACAACACAGCACAACAAAACAAUCUAUCGCAGGUGGGUGUCGCCCGUUCUCCAUCUGCUUUGCCCCCUUUCACGCACCUGGUCGGUUGGCGCUUGACGAACUCCAUAUUGACUUUCGUGUUCUCAAACCAUUUGCCGCUGGUGGGCAACUUGACAUUGACGUGGAAAUCGUAGCCGGUCGGCGCGCGACUUGUGGGUCGCACCUCGGUGAUGGUGUGCGGGAGGAGGCUCGGAUGGUUGUAGCCCUCGGAUGCAUAUACGCCAGGUGGGUCCUCAAAGUGGUCAAAGUGGAGCAUCUGGUCCACUGGAGAUGGAUCGCUCUGAACGAAUGGAUACAGACGUGAGGGCAGGGCAUCACGACCGACCUCAUGAGGGCACCUUGCAUACCUCCGGAGGCGGGAAGAGGUUGAAGGUAGAAGAGAGGGUAGUGGAGAAGGCUUUAAGGUAGUUGUGCAAACGACACUGCAGGUCCCGCACUUCCUGCGGCUGCAGCUCCUCAAUAAGGAACGAUAGAUCUGCCACGCUCACUUGCAGUUCGUCUACCGUGACCUCACCCACAUGCGGGUAGCGCCGCCUCCUCUCCCUCUGUGGCGGCAGCAGGCCACUCUGCACCAUCCUCAUCACGGGCCCCACCAGCUGCCGCUCUCCCGCGGAGUCGUAGCCCAUACUGUCCAGGUGUAGCUGGGGCAGGGUCCUCUUCUCGUCAUGCUGGCUGGUGCCGCAUGGGUACCACGCCAGGAUCUCUGGGAGCAGCCACACGGCCACCCAAGUCAUGGCCAGCUUCUUGCACGAGGGGAGGGCCCGGAGGGUGCGGGUCAGGUUGUUGGGAGAGGGAGGGGGGCUGCAUGUCCUCCAAUCGGUGGUGUUGUCGCCGAGGCGAUACAGGGUGACAGCUGACAAGCACAGCAUACAUUCAAGGAUCGUUGAUGUCGGCUUAUGUGGUGUGUUGCUCACUUUCGACGUUGGGCAGCGCGCCGUCGUUGGCGAGGCAGGCAGGGAUGGACUCAAAGGUGAUGUCAUCGGCCUCUCCAUCACACGGUGACUGGUCGAUCUCCAGAUCCUUGGCGUCGCUGAACUCCAGCCCCUGCAGACUCUCGUGCUGUGCGAGCAGCGACGUCCCGUCCUUGGCGAUCAUCAACCUCAGCCGGUCCCCGCCCCGCACAUGGCGCGCCAGGAAGGAAGCGAUCUCGUCAAUCGGCUUGGCCGGCCGUCUCGGCGUGCCGUUUUUCUCCUUCUUGUUGAUGUUGUCGAGGCUCUCCGUGCAGUUGAUGCAGGUGAUGCCGCCACUC